AGGCUUGUUUCUCCACUCUGAUGUCAGCAGCAGAAGAGGAUGGCUGGAAACUCGUCAAACUUCUUGCGUCUCGACACGACCGAAGACUUGGAUGAAUAUCUUUCCUUGCAUGACAUCCUUGCAACUGAACGAAGGGUUCAGUGCAAGUUUGAGCUCCCCUGCCUUCGACUUGGUUUCUUGAACACAACCAGCCACCUACCAGACUUGAAACCUGGGACCAAGUUAGACCUUCCAUUCUGGAUGGCUCAAGCCCUGACUAAUCGGAGGCGGCCUAUUGUAUCUGUUGACCUUCCAAAGGCCUACAAGGAAAGCUACAGGGAUGUCAUGGCAGCUGAUGCAUCCAUUGUGAACUUGCACAAACUCGGUUUCUUGAACGCAACCAGCCACCUACCAGACUUGAAACCUGGGACCAAGUUAGACCUUCCAUUCUGGAUGGCUCAAGCCCUGACCAAUCGGAGGCGGCCUAUUGUAUCUGUUGACCUCCCAAAGGCCUACAAGGAAAGCUACAGGGAUGUCAUGGCAGCUGAUGCAUCCAUUGUGAACUUGCACAAACUCGGUCCCCAUUUUUAUGAUUUUGGUGUGCACCUGCAAGACUUAUAUCAUCAAGAGGUUGCCAACAUCGGCAGCAUGCUCACCCAGGCAUUCAUCGAUCGCUUCCGAGUGAUCUUUGAGACGUCUCUCCUAGCCGGAACGGUAGACGAAAGGUCGUCGGCCGUCCAGCAGAAAUUGGAUGCCCUGGAGAAGGCACUGCUAGGUAUCGGACAGGAGAGUCGAAGGGAUCGCGACCGCUGGCUUCGGGAACAGACACACAUCAUCGAAACUGCCUCCAUGGUACAGACGUACCGCAAGCGCAAGCGACAAGUCUCUGAUUCUCAAGAUGAGACGUACCGCAAGCGCAAGCGACAAGUCUCUGAUUCUCAAGAUGUACCUGCAUCUUGA